UUUAAAACAGGGCCCAACUGCUCUUUUGUUGCUCCAAAAUGGCGAUGAUUUUCUCUUUUGCUGCCACCACUCCCUGCCUCAAUUAUAAGAACAAUCAGUGUGUGAUCUUCAGGCCAAAUUAUCAACCCAAAAUUGGCAGAUUUCAAUGCAGCACAGAGCACCAAAAUCUAACAAGCAAUUCUUCCUCAAAACGAGAAUCUGAACCACAGAAUGGGCUCCUCAAGAUAGCCUGGUACACUUCUGAGCUUUUGGGAAUAGCAGCUUCCGUUUUCCGCUCUAAGUCUGAUAUUGAAGCUCCCCAGAAGGAAAUCAAGGUUGCCGCUGAUGGGUCUGGAGCUGUUGAUCCUGCUGCAGUGGUUGAUGCCAUCAAAGAGGACUUCCAAAGGUCAUAUUUCGUCACAGGGAACCUUACACUCUCUGCUUAUGAGGAGGAUUGUGAGUUUGCUGACCCUGCUGGAUCCUUUAAGGGGCUUCGACGUUUCAAAAGGAACUGCACAAAUUUUGGUUUACUUAUUGAAAAGUCAAAUAUGAAGCUUACGAAGUGGGAGGACCUGGAGGAGAAGGGAAUUGGACACUGGCGAUUUACUUGUGUUCUAUCGUUUCCUUGGAAACCCAUUCUUUCUGCCACUGGAUUCACAGAGUAUUACUUCAAUCCACAAUCUGGAAAAGUAUGCAGGCAUGUGGAGAACUGGAAUGUUCCCAAAAUGGCACUACUAAAGCAAAUAUUAAGGCCCAGCCGAGGGUCACGGGGGAAGUGAAUUGGUACACGAAGAAUUUCACUACUUCACUGAGAUGAGAUUUGAAGGAGACAAUGUGUCAACGGUCAUGCAUCGAUGAAAUGGGAUGAGUUGUCUGUUGCAAAGCAUCGUGUUUUCUGUUCGCGCAGAUCAUAUAUGGUGGUGAAGAAUCCUUGCAACAAA